AUGCAGCAGGAACUGGCUGAUCUGAAGAAGCGUAGCACUGAUGAGAUGGAAGCACUGCGACAGGAAAACUCUCGCCUCAAGCGAAAGAUCGAGGCUGAUCCCACUCAAAAGGGAAAGGCCAAGGAAACAUCUGAAGAUACAAAGUCCUCGGUUUUCCAGCCCACAGAAGAAGAGAGCGAGUAUAAUCCUACCCCGCACACCUUCACCACCACCCAACAAACUCCUAUCCUCUCAUCCCAUCCCACCCACUUCCCCUCCACCCUCCCAGGACACAUCGUGGCCCCCAACCCUGCCGCCACCCUCCCUACCACUCAAGCUCAAUACAACCUGCCCACCACCCUACAUGUUACUCAUAUCCCACCUUACAACCCACACUAUCUCCCUACAACCCACACCCCCCUCACAACUUCACCUCUACCUUUCCCACCCUUGUCCACCACCCCCUUCCCUCGCACCCGCUACCAUCCCACCAACCCAGACGUCGCCACCCCUUCACCGACUUCAUCGCUAACACCCUCAUCCCUACCUAGUGGGAACCUUUCACAUUAG